CGAACCUACAGUGGUUACGUCAUUUCAUUGUCUAUUGCCCCCGGAAGAACUUAACAAUGUUAAGUCAUCUCUAGAUUUAGAUCUAGAUCUACAUCUAACAGGUGUUUCAUGGUUAUCCUGCCAGAGCCGACCUAAUCUAUUCUAGAUCUAGAUUUACAUCAUUCAUCAUAGUAUUAUUUGUGACUUUUAGUGAUUUUUAUAAGAUUUUCGUUGUUAAUGUUUUAAUAUACCAUUCAUUACCAUACCAAGUGAUACUCAGUAUUCGAGUCUAUUGUCACCACCAGAAGAGCAACCAACACUGACUGUAGUAAGUAGGUCCUACUUCCUACAGUCAACACACACAGUUGCAGUUACUGUGAUACAGGCUGUUGGAUUAUUUUUAACAACUCAAGAGAAUGGAAGAUGUAAAAGAGGAAACAAACACCCAUUUGGGAAACACUGCUCCAGCCACAAGUAUUGAUGAUGAUGAACUAAAAGUAAAAUACAAGAGAAAAAUAGAUGAAGAUCAUGAGGAAUUCUUGGAUCAAGAAACAGCGGUUGAAGAAGAGCUAGUCGAAAAUUUGGGAUCUACAAUCCUUACAUGCAGUAAUACAAUAAAAGAUCAAGAAACAGCGAAUGAAGAAGAGCUAGUCGAAAACUUGGGAUCUACAAUCCUUAUAUGCAGUAAUACAAUAAAAGGAGCCAGGAUAGGAAGCGGCCAUUCUCUACGCCGGCACCUAAGAUAUUUAUAUGAAUAUAAUGACAAAGUUAUGAAUAAUAGUGCACAUUCUCGUAGUUUAAUACCUAAUGAACUUGACAGUAAAUAUUAUGCUGAAAUACUGACCACCAAUUUUCUACUGAUUGGGAAAUGGGAAUUAAUUCAUCCAAAAACUGACCUGUGUAAUGAGGUUCUAAAGAACUGGUUUAAGAACAAUAACAGUACAAUUUAUGUAACAAAGAAAAAUAAUAAAAUUGAGUACAUACGUUUUAAGCCUGAUAAGUCAACAGAAAUAGAGGAUUUUCAGAAAAUUGCUGAAAUAAAAUUAAAUGGAACUCACAGUGAUUUAUUUGCAGAAGUAGAAGAUGUAAAAGUUGUAUUGAAAAAAGAUCAGAAUAUUUUUACUUUACUUGAAAUUUCUUACGAAAAUGAAGUUAGUGAUUUGGUAAUGUUUAAGUUGUUUUAUAUUGAUCCUUUGGAGUUAUGUUUGUCGUAUAUUUUACAAACUAAAGAAAAAAAAUCUGUUGAACAUUUACAUUCUCCACUCUGUAUAAAUUGCCCCUUUCCAGAAAUCUUCGAAUUAUGUACUGUCGAAAGUAUUAAAUCUAAGUUAAUACAGCUAAAAAUAAAUGGCGACUUAGAACUGGCUAAAAAUCAUUUCAAGAGAAUUUCUAAAAAUGUUUUAGAAAUGUCAACUUCUGUUACUAAAUUUGCUUUUUCUACUGGAAUGUUUACGUUUACAUUGCGUAAUAUAAGUACUCACAAAGUAAAUAAUUGUAUUUCCCCAACAAUCGAAAUUAAAUUUAAAGGAAAAGAAGAUUUUAAAUACGAUACUAUUAAAUUUCGUUAUUGUGAUGGUUCCACACCUUCCCCCAAUGGGGAAUUAACCACUUCUGUUGAGGAGCAAAGUCAAAGUGAGUAGUAAUUGUCUUAACACUGCAAGAAAAGUAAAAAGAUACAAUAGACUUUACAUUCUCCCCCCCCCCCCCCCGAAAAAAAAAUCCUAUAUAAAUUUAAGUCUUUUAUCAUAUUUUUACUUUCUCGUAUAUACGAAGUAUAGAGAAAGUAUUGUAAUCGUGCAAAAAAAAAGCGAGAUUUUUACAAAUCUCGACGUUUUACAUCUCACUAAUACGGAAAAACAUACUUUUGCAAUCUUGUCCGUCAGUCUGUGUGUCUGUCUGUGUGUAAACACGAUAACUUGAGUACCGUUACAGCUAGGUUGAUGAAAUUUCAUAUAUAAGUAUUUUAUCAAAAUCGUAGAUCCUGAUCAACUUUUGAGCGAUUUCCGAUAAACGGAAGUGGUACUUUUUCUCUUUUUAAUUUUUCAAAAGCCUAUAACUUGCGUACUAUUUUAGAUAGAUGCAUGAAAUUUCACAAGUAAGUAAAAGAUCUAAUUCUCUACCUUCUGUCAAAUUUUGAGUAAUUUAUGUUGACCGGAAGUACUAAUUUACGCUAUUUCCGAUUUCUCAAAAAAUGCAUGUAAAUUUAUAAAGUACUAAUAAUAUCCCGCACUUUUAUGCACAUUUUAUUAGGCGUUCACUUAGUGUGCAAUUGUUUUUUUUACGAGAUUCUAAUCUAUUAUAAAAAGUUUAAGUAAUUAAAAAUGGAUUACAAAUAUUGUCUGUCCUGAGUUGCCAUCCCUCGUAAUUUUAUAUUAGAAUAUUCGAGAAAGUUUAGGGGAGAUCACUCCCGGUUUAUUAUUUUAUAUAAAACGUACCUUUUAAAUUAUUUAGUUGAAUAAUUAUUAGAAAGAAACUUCUAUCUCAACUGAUUUUAUUUUGUUUAUAUUUUAAAUUGUAAUUUUUUUUUUGUUUUAAUAUACCAUUUGAUUACGAUUUUUUAAUUGUAUCUAGAAUGUGAAAAUAAACUUUUAUUUUUUUG